CCCCCAUACGAUAGAAGGCCUUCAAACCCUAAACCCUAAACCCUAAAGCCUCCCGAUUCCGGCAGCUCAGCUCUUCAUUUGUAAAUGGGCACCUCUGCGCUUAACAAGAGAAAGGGAGCAAAACCGCAGAAGGCUUCGCCCAACAAGAAGAAGCAAAAGAAGGAGCCUUUCACCGCCAAAAACCCAAAGAAGCCCAAGAUUGUUCAAGUUCCCGAACCUUCUGACGAAGAAGAAGAAGAAGAAGAAGAAGUAGAGGACCUGGAAGAGUUUGAUGUAGGAGAUGAGGAAGGAUCUGGUUCAGAUAGUGACACUGAUAUUUUUGGUGGGGAUGAUCCCCUACAAGAUGAUGACGAUGACGACGACUCCCUCCCAGGAAGUGAUGAAGAUGAAGAGAAAGGUUCUUCAGAUUCGGAUUCCGACUCGGGUGAUAUAGAGAAGAAAUCAAGGGUCAUUGACCAAAAAACGCUGGAGGAAGAAGAAGAAGGUAGAAAGGAACUGGAAUUAAAUAUCAAGGAUGAAUCUGAUGAGUUCAGAUUACCAACUAAGCAGGAACUCGAACAAGAGGCGCAUCAACCUCCUGAUCUUUCGCACCUACAGAGGAGGAUAAAAGAGAUUGUUCGAGUGCUCUCAAAUUUCAAGGCAUUGAGGCAAGAGGGGGCGUCAAGGAAGGAUUAUGUAGAACAGCUUAAGAGAGAUUUAAGCUCAUACUACGGCUACAAUGACUUUUUGAUUGGAGCUUUAGUAGAGAUGUUUCCAGUUGUGGAACUUGUGGAGCUCAUUGAAGCUUUUGAAAAGCCUCGACCUAUAUGCCUCCGAACUAACACUCUGAAGACACGAAGGAGGGAUUUGGCAGCUAGUUUGAUAAACAGAGGAGUAAAUCUAGAUCCCUUAAGCAAGUGGUCAAAAGUUGGACUGGUUGUGUAUGAAUCACAAGUCCCAGUUGGUGCCACUCCUGAAUAUAUGGCUGGUUAUUACAUGCUCCAAAGUGCAAGCUCCUUUUUGCCCGUUAUGGCCCUUGCUCCUCAAGAAAAUGAACGAGUUGUUGAUAUGGCGGCUGCUCCUGGUGGUAAAACAACCUAUGUAGCGGCUCUUAUGAAAAAUAGUGGAAUUAUAUUUGCAAAUGAAAUGAAGGAGCCAAGGCUCAAGUCCCUCACUGCUAAUUUGCAUCGUAUGGGGGUGACAAACACAGUCGUUUGUAACUAUGACGGCAAGGAGCUCCCUAAGGUUCUGGGUAGCAAUGCGGUUGAUAGAGUUCUGUUAGAUGCUCCUUGCAGCGGGACAGGGGUUAUAUCCAAAGAUGAGUCUGUUAAAACUUCUAAAAGUUCUGAUGAAAUACAGAAAUGUGCUCAUCUCCAGAAGCAAUUGAUACUAGCUGCAAUUGACAUGGUGGAUGCGAAUUCGAAAUCAGGGGGAUACAUUGUGUACUCCACGUGCUCCAUUAUGGUUGCUGAGAAUGAAGCUGUUAUUGACUAUGCACUCAGGAAGAGAAAUGUUAAACUUGUUCCCUGCGGACUUGACUUUGGGCGUCCAGGGUUUACCCGGUUUAGGGAACAGCGCUUCCACCCAUCAGUGGAAAAGACGAGGCGGUUCUACCCUCAUGUUCAUAAUAUGGAUGGUUUUUUUGUGGCGAAGCUGAAAAAGAUGAGCAAUUUGAAGCCAACUACAGCAGAAUCUCGACUAUCUGAAACAGUAGAGGCUGAAACAGUAGACGUAGAUCUCAACAUGACAGAAGACGACAGUGAAAAGAAUGCCAGAGUAGAUGUUCAGCAGCAUUCGGCAGAUGACGACACUGAAAGUGAAAAGAAGGUUUUGGAAGAAGGGAAACCAGAAUUGGCAGGCACUGGGAAAAAGAGGAAAGAAAAGAAGCUCCCCUCCUUUUUCUCUCAUCUGAAAGGGCAAUUCCCCUUGGAUCAAAAAGAUGAAAAGAAAGUGAAAUCCUCGGACCAAAAAAAGGAAAAGAGAGUGAAACUGAAAUUUCCUCCUAGGGAGGAGAUUGCAAAAGCCAGGGAAGAGAAGAGGACAGCUCUGAGGAAAAGCAAAGCUAAGAACAAUGCCGUUGGUACAGGAGAAUGAGCAAUUGAUGCGACCUAAGUGCAGGGCUCUGCAAAUUAAGUGCAUGUGGAUUCUUCAUAUGGGUUGUCAGUUUGAUACAACUUGCCCUCUAUGCUCUGCAGACCCUAAAAUUUUGUUUUAAUUCAUGUUGAGAACUGAACUAAAUUCAUGUCCUUUUUGUUGCAAACAGAGUGAUUCCAUAAUUCAUUGUUCUUGCUAAAACAGUGUUUCCAUAUCUUAGUGAUUAUUAUACAGAGUUGAGGGAGCUAA